GCAAGGAUCGCAGGGAUAGCUGAAAGGAAAAUUGAAAAAAAUACUGGCAGAUUUGCAGAAUUUAGCCAAAAGUCAACCACGAAAGCCACAAGACACUUCAAGAUUUUGGGUCAAGUUGAAGGACUUUUUGAGGAUAAUUCAGUCUCUACAGACAGUGGAUCAUGUAAUUCAUCAGUGCUGUUUACAUACAUUAAGCAGUCUCCUUAAGUAUGUAGAAGAAGUUUUCAUGGAUUUCACCUUGGGAAGGUAUACGAGAUAUUAAGACGUAGCAAUUAAUAUGUCGGAGAGGAUGAAAGGAAUGUUUAGCUCGGUGGAGGGUGGACUCUGGGGUUGUGUUGUGGUUGCAGCUGCCUUCUGCAUACAGUUUUUAACCUUCGGUACCACUCAGUCAAUUGGUGUGUACAACAUAGAAUUUCUGCGACACUUUGAUACAACAGCGGCUAAAGUGUCACUGGUUGGAUCUAUUAACCUUGGCGUUGUGUUAGGAACAGGACCAUUGGCGAGUGUUCUCAUGACAAGAUGGAGCCACAGACAAGUGGCCUUGCUAGGAGCUGUACUCUGUAACAUUGGGCUUAUCUUUAUGCCCUUUGCUCCAAACUUAGAAUACAUGUACGCCUUCUACGGAGUGUUAUCAGGUCUGGGCUACUGUUUGGUUUAUGUACCAUCUCAUGUACUUAGUGGUCUGUAUUUCCUCAAACACAGAAGUCUGUCUACUGGAAUAGCAACUGCGGGGUCAGGAAUGGGGGCUGCUGUGUUCCCAAUCAUCAUGUUCAAUAUCAUAGAUUAUUAUGGGUGGCGAGGAUCUCUGUUUAUUGUGUCGGGGUUAAAUCUUCACUUGUUAAUAUUUGCCGCCUUGUUGCGUCCAGUGCCGAAAAAAUUGUCAACGUCUUUUGCCGCAGCAGAGGAGCUACAAAAUUUAAAUGAUAAAAAAAAAAGACGUAGUUCACAUGUGAAUGGUUGUGAGACAGAAGUUGAUUCCCCUAAUGGUAAUAGCAAUAUUCCAAAACAGGAUAGUUUAGACACGGAUACAGAUAGAGAGCCAGGAGCUAACUCCGUAAUGCUUCCAUCAGAUAAAAAAUUAAGUAUGUUGGCACGGUUACGGAAACAUUUUGUAGCAGUUUUCACAAUGGAUUUUAUAAUUUACUGGUUUAGUAAUAUAUGCUGGAAUGCAGGAGGUGCCAUUGUUCUGAUAUUUUUUCCAGAAUACGCAUAUUCUGCCGGAUUAAGUAAAGAAAAUGCUUCUAUAGCAUAUACGAUGGCAGGAGCAGGGUCGUGUAUAGGUUGUGUACUGGGUGGAUUGUUAGGAAAUAUCAAAUACAUAAACCGAGUAGGACUUUAUAUAGCAGGAAAUUUUGGGGCGGGUAUUGUUACAUUACUGUUAACCUUGAAGGUUCUUCACACAUUUGUUGGAUUGUUUAUGAUUUCAUUGGUAUUUGGACUGAUGUUUGGGAUCAUACUUGGACUUCUAGUCGUUGUGACCUCAGACUUACUGGGUACUGAAGCACUAGGUGAUGGCUUUGGUUACCUCAUGUUUGCCAAUGGAAUUGGUGUGUUUAGUGGACCACCUCUUGCAGGUUUACUCAUUGACACAUACGGUAACAAGGAUCUAGCCAUGUACCUGUCUGGUAUUUUGACUUGCAUUGGUGGACUGACAAUGUGUGGUAUAUAUAUCAGAAAAAAACUGUGUGGAGAUAGUAGGUUAAUAGGGAAAGACGUUUCAAUCAGUGUAGACUUGUAGAACAGUUAUAAACAAGACUGCAGGCUAAGAUGGAAAGAGGUUAUAAAACAAGACUGUAGUGAUUUGCAGUGUGUGGAGUUAUACUAGAACAUGCUUUAGGUCAUUGUGGACCAACUAGUAAAGAUAUUUUAUCUUUGUUAAUAAGAGUUUACAGUCAUAAUACAGUAAUAUUCAUCUUCAUUCUGGAUUAAAUGCUCAUUGUAUUGGGUAAAUUGUAUCUUGUUACCAAAUAAGGUGGGUAUCUAGUCAAACAUUCUCAUUCUUAACCCUUAUCAUGCUGGACAUGACUGAUUUUGCCUUUGCGACCAGUGCAGGUCACGAUCAGCCUGCACAUUUGUGCAGUCUGAUCAUGACCUGCACUGUUUGCCAUUCAGUCAGUAUCUUUUUGAUAGCUAUGCACCAGACUUGGUUAGAAAAAUCAAUAAAGAUUACAUGAACCUUUCUCAAGCAGUUAAUCAAAGACUAUCGUAUUCCUUUUGUUUUACUUGUAUAGGAAAUGUGUUACUUAUAUUGAGUUUCUUUGAAUAUGUUUUGUCAGUUAUUAUAUUUACAUUUACUGUAUUUACAUAAACAUGUUUUAGCCCAUUUUUUAGCUGUAAGCUUAGGACCAGGGCAUGCUCAUGAUAUCAGAUCUGUUUUCUGUUAUAAUCUGUAUAAGGAAUGAAUUGCAGUUUUGCAGUUUUCAGGUAUGAAAUACAUUGCUGAGGGGGGCCUCCAUGGCUAAGUGGUUACGGUUGCUGAAUUUGAAUCACUUGGCCCUUGACAAUAUGGGUUCGAGCCUCACUCAGGGUGUUGAAUCUUCAUGUGAAGAAGCCAGCGGGCUCUUAUGGAAGGUUGGUGGUUCUACUCAGCUGCUCGCCCAUGAUGAAAUAAUGCAUAGAGGGGCACCUGGGGUCUACCACCAUCAAAGCUGGAAAGUUGCCAUAUGACCUGUAAUUGUGUCACCCAACAAAAACAAACAAAAACUUGCAUUUACACAAGUGGAAAAUGAAAACGGUUUUAGACACAGUGUCAUAUUUUUUUUUGACACAUAGACAAUUAGGAUAUAUUAGUAUAUGUUGUUUUUUUUUACCCUUACUGCACAGCUUUAGGUGUUUUUGUCAGCUUAUUAAUUGAGAAAAAACAACUUUUAACAAUCUGAUAAUAAAAUGAAGUAUCAUUGAAGAUACUGGUACAAUAGUUUUGCUUGUAGCAAAAUGUCAUGUUUAUGACCAUGAUGUUGUAAUAUAUAAGUUGUAGGAUCAGUAAAGACAGGGCUUGAGCUAGGGAGCGACUUGAGCGAAAUAGUCGCUUUGUAGCUCCCCACUUCGCUCUAAUCUAACAUCAAAGCGAAAUUCAAGUCGCCUGAUUUUUUUAUCCACACUCCUCCAGUUAUCCGAUAUCGGCCUGUUGACACGACUGGAAUACACGAUAGCAUAAUUUAAGCUCCGCCUACUUCAGAUUACCGAGAAGUGCGAAGGGGACACUUGUUUUGUAAACUGACUAUUGAUAAACAAAGCAGUAGGGAUUUAUAUCACAUAAGCUUACACAUUCUUUUUUGACCAUUAGAAAGUAUCUUACCAUGUUUGGCUCCAGUAAUUUCCUGAAAUCCACUUAAUUUUACUCGUAUUUUUCAAAACCCAAACUUUAGAAACGUAAUAUUAUCACUGACACUUUCUGUGACUAAAAUAACCUAACUGAAAUUUACGCAAAUUUUUGACACCUGCCAUCAGAAACUGAGUUAAACCUGUUUGACAACUGUUUCUUUAAUGUGUGCCGACACCAGGUAUCAAAGAGACACCAGCAGAUCAAAGAAGAUGUGUAUUCCGUGUGAUGUCAUAGUGAUGUCACUGCUAUUGACAUGUAUUUAAUUCAAGUACUUGUUAUUUAAAGUGACUGACUUUGAGUGCAUUAGCACUGGGAGCUUGAUUUAUAUUUUUUUUUGCUGAUAUGGAAUUAACUUUUUUAAUUGUAUUCAUAUUUAAAGGUUUUUUUUGGUUUGGACAAUCAUUGCAAGAGUGAAAAAAAUCUUGAAUUUGCAGUUUAAUCUCAUUAGAUUCACAAGGUUAAAAAUGAUAAGAAAACAGAAUCACUGACAUUUUCAGUGAAUUUGUUAUUUACUUUAAAUUAAUAGACUUUGUAAACAAAGACAGGGAAUGAUAAAAAUAGUAACGUUAUAUAAAGCAUAUUUAGUUCCUAGGCCUUUUUCAGCUUGCAUGUCAUGGUGCUAAAAUCUUUCCACGUUUUCCCUAAAAUCUCGCCACUUCUCCCUAAAAUCUCUCCAUUUCUCCCUAAUCUUACCUGAGGGAGAAGUGACUUCUCCCUAAAAUCUUAGCCUUGCUUAAGCCCUGAAAGAUGUAAUUAUAUUGAUCUGUGGUACCUAGGGCGAAAUAUUAUGACAUACCUGUUUGUGAUUGUAAUUCACAAAAAGUGACAUUGGUGUAUAAUGCACAUAGUUUCAUUUCGGAAAGUACUUAUAGCUGUAAAUAUAAUCUAUUGAAUAACCAAAUACCAACGGCUUAAUAUAUAGGGACUUGACAUUUAGUCUGCAGUGCCAUUGAACCAAAUAUUUGUCAGAUUCAGUGACAUCAAAACAGCUCUCCAGAUUGAAAUCAGUCAUUUCUUCAUUCAAAAUAUUUGGAUAAUUUACUCAGUUCCAAAUGAUAACACUUCUAUCACAACAGAAUCUGUAAAAUAUCUUGAAUAGCGUUAGGAUGAAAUUAAGUUUCAACAAAGCUUUCAAGUAUCUUUCACUUUAAACAAAACUUUGAAGGGGUAUUCCCUAAGAUAGGGGACAUUUUAAAAUUUUAGACUUAAAAAAUUCUCUCAUAAACACAUGAAGACAAAAUAAAUUGUUGAAGCGUCGAAUUAAAAUGGAGUUUGCCUUGUAAUUCUCCCGUUCUCAUAAACACAAAGUAAUUUAGUGAAUUUUAGGCAGCAUUUAUUUAUAAUUCCCUUGUGUAAAUCGUGUAGAAAACUGGUCUACUGUUAGGCACAGAGUAAAAACUUGAUGUAAAUAAUAGAAAAGAAUUUGUAUGUGCUUUGUUUCACACUCAUAUUCUUGCUUAUCUAGCUGGGAAAAUGUUGAACUGUCCAAUGAUGUAUUAAGGAAACCUAUUAGUGAUGUUGUUACGAUAGUAGUCAUAUUAUGAUGUUGUAAAUAUAUACUUUAUGCCGGGCAUUACCCAUAUUGACAUACAAUGUAUUUAUAAUGACCUAUGCAUUUUUGGAAUGGAAUUCAAAGGGCCAUAACCUGAACAUAAAAUGUAGAUGUGACCCAUUUUAUUGGACCAUUUCAUUAAAAAUAAAAUGCUGUAGCUAUUAUUUAUGAGCGAUUUUUAGUCUGAGAAAUGUCUGCUGAAGAAAAAGGUUGUAUCCAUCACACAGUAACAUUAUAAGAGUGCAUGCUAGUAUAAUGUGCUGUUGGAUACAAGCAUUAUAAAGUAAAUAGGUCAUAAAUAGCAGAUACGACCUAUUAUAGAUGGUUGUGUAACUGCUUAAAUAACUUCAGCUUGAUAAAUAUAUGACAAUCAGUGUUAACAGUUUUUAUGCCCCCACUUUGGGGGGGGGGAGGAGCAUAUAGAUUUGCCCUUGUCCGUCUGUCCUUCCGAGAAUGUUGUGUCGCGCCUAGCUCCAAAAGUAUUUGACGUAGAGUCACAAAACUUUACAGGAAUGUUGGUCAGCAUGUGUAGUUGUGCACCUGUGGUUUCGCGUCCGGAUUCAUCCAGUCAUGUAGGAGUUAUGGCCCCUGACUUAGUAAAAAAUUGGUCAUUUUAAUGUUGUGUCGCGCAUAGCUCCAAAAGUAUUUGACCUAGAGUCACAAAAGUUUACAGGAAUGUUGGUCAGCAUGUGCAGUUGUGCACCUGGGGUUUCGCGUCCGGAUUCAUUCAGUCUUGUAGGAGUUAUAGUCCCUGACUUAGUUAAAAAUUGGUCAUUUUAAUGUUGUGUCGUGCGUAGCUCCAGAAGUAUUUGACCUAGAGUCACCAAAGUUUACAGGAAUGUUGGUCAGCAUGUGCAGUUGUGCACCUGGGGUUUCGCGUCCGGAUUCAUUCAGGCAUGUAGCAGUUAUGGCCCCUGACUUAGUUAAAAAUUGGUCAUUUUAAUGUUGUGUUGUGCGUAGCUCCAAAAGUAUUUGACCUAGAGUCACCAAAGUUUACAGGAAUGUUGGUCAGCAUGUGCAGUUGUGCACCUGGGGUUUCGCGUCCGGAUUCAUUCAGGCAUGUAGCAGUUAUGGCCCCUGACUUAGUUAAAAAUUGGUCAUUUUAAUGUUGUGUUGUGCGUAGCUCCAAAAGUAUUUGACCUAGAGUCACCAAAGUUUACAGGAAUGUUGGUCAGCAUGUGCAGUUGUGCACCUGGGAUUUCGCGUCCAGAUUCAUUCAGUAUUGUAGGAGUUAUGGCCCCUGACCUGGGAAAAAAUUAUCAUUUUAAUUUCAUGUAGUGGGGGCAUCUGUGUCCCAUGGACACAUUUCUAGUUAAAAGUUUGAUCUGUGAAGUUUCAGUAUCCUAGGAACAGUUUUGGUUGAAUCUUUUUUCAAAAGUACUGAUUUCUCUACACUUUUUAGCUCACCUGAGCCAAAGGCUCAAGGUGAGCUUUUGUGACUGCUCAAUGUCUGUCGUACGUCAUCCAUCGUGAGUUGUGUGUCAACAAUUUCUAAAAAAAACCUUUUUCAAAACCACUGGGCAGAUUUACACCAAACUUCACAGGAAUGAUCCUUGGGUGGCCCCCUUUCAAAAAUUGCCAAAGAAUUGAAAUCCAUGGUGAGCUUUUGUGACCGCUCAAUGUCUGCCGUGUGUCGUCCGUCAACAUUUUCUAAAAAAAUCUUCUUGAAAACCACUGGGCAGAAUUACACCAAACUUCACAGGAAUGAUACUUGGGUGGCCCCCUUUCAAAAAUUUUCAAAGAAUUGAAUUCCAUGCAAAAUUCUGGUUGCCAUGGCAACCAAAAGGAAAAAACUUUAAAAAUCUUCUUGUCCAAAACCGCAAGGCAUAGAGCCUUGAUAUUUGGCAUGUGACAUCAUCUUAUGGUCCUCUAUAAAGAUUGUUCAAAUUAUGCCUCUGGGAUGAAAAGAGGCCCCGCCCCGGGGGGUCCUCAGUUUUACAUAGACUUGUAUAGGAAAAAACUUUGAAAAUCUUCUUGUCUGAAACUGCAAGAACUAGGCCUUUGAUAUUUGGUAUGUUGCCUUUCCUUGUGUUCCUCUACCAAAUUUAUUCAAAUUAUAUCACUGGGGUGAAAAGAGGCCCUGCCCUGGGGGUACCAAGUUUAACAUAGACUUAUGUAGGAAAAAAGAUCUUCUUGUCUGAAAGUUCAAGGCCUAGGCCUUUGAUAUUUGGUAUGUAGCAUUGCCUAGUGGAUCUCUAACAAGUUAGUUCAAAUUAUGCCCCUUGGGUGAAAAGAGGCCCCACCCUGGGGGGUACUUUUUAUAUGAGUUAUAUAGGAAAAAAUACUUCAAUAAUUAUUCUAGACUGUUUAAUUACAAUAACCUUAUGACCCCAAGCGAUUAGGGAUCACUUGACUGUGACCUUGACCUACUUUCUUGUUUUUUAAGAUACAGCCUUGAAAUUUGGAUGACAUGUACAGUUUUGCACACCGAUCUUAAAACUGAGAUUCAGUUACCAUGAAUGUGAAAUACUGACCUACUUUCUUAAUAUGGUUUGCCAUUUGAAACAUGUGGCUCAUAUUACUCAGGUGAGCGAUCCAGGGUCAUCAUGACCCUCUUGUUAAGAUACAGCCUUGAAAUUUUGAUGACAUACAGUUUUGCACACCGAUCUUUAAACUGACUUUCAGUGACCAUGAAUGUGACCUACUGACCUACUUUCUUAAUAUUUUAGCAUCAGUUUGACAUUUGAAACAUGUUCACACAACUGGGAAAAGAUUUCAAUGCUAACUUAUAUUUGACUUUCUUACCUGAUCUCUUACACUUGUCCAUGUAGCUCAAAUUACUCAGGGGAGUGAUCCAGGGUCAUCAUGACCCUCUUGUUUGUUUCUGCAGGCUGUCUAGCGUCCCUAAAAUUCCUACUUUUUCCUAUUUUUUUUCAAUUUGGCUAAAAUUCCUAUUUUUUUAAAAAAUCAAAGGAAAUUCCUAAAAAGGCCCUGUUUUUUCACAAAGAUUCCUAAUUUUUUAACUUUUUUGCAAUGAUCAAAAAGAGAAAAUGUUUUAAAUGUUGUUUAAAAGUUCUAAUUCAGAAAAAAACAGUUUAGCACAGUUCAAAGCAGUUUACCAGUGGAUCCAUGUGUUCAGCUUGUUAUUGGUUGUGACUAGAUGACAGAGAUAGGAUUUCUGAAGGUAAAUUGUGAUACUUGAAAGAUCUAUGAGGGAUAUUUAGUGCUCCUUCACUGGAAGUGUAGCAUACACAUAGUGCAGAAGUAAUACCUAGUUAAUAGGUGUAUAUAGGUGUAGACAUAAUAAAAAAUCAGGUCAAAUUCUGAUUAUUUACUUGGCCUGUUCUUCAUAAUUAUGUAAUAUGUGAUCACAGUUCAGAUUUAUUCUAUAUACAUGUAUGUAUUGUUUGCAAGCUAUACAAGUUUCUAGUCAAAUAUGUAACUGAUGCCCAUCAACAUUUUUAUUAGACUAUUAGAUGUAUAUUUUUCCCACUGCAAUUUUUUGAGCUGUCAAUGCUUCAAAUUAACAAAUUGUUUAUUGUGGAAUGUGAUAGCUGAAAAGGGUGAAGAGGAGACGAUUCUUGAGAUUUUUCUCACAAUCAUGCACUGAUGUCAACAAAUGUAUGGCUUGGAAACAGUUUUUGUGAAUUUGCUAAUUUAAUGACCUGUGCUGGUUUAAUUUGUAUUUUCUAAGUAUAUCAAGUACCUGAUGUCCAUGCUGAAUGUUGUAAAACUAUGUAUUUGUUGGUAAUAAGUGUGUUAUAAUUUCUGUACAAAUUAAUCAUAGUUAUGAGUUUGUUGAACACUUGUCUUAGUUCACUCUCAUUUUGUGUACUCUGAUACGUACUAUUGCUGGCAAUACACUGUACUCCAGUUGACAGCAUUUCUUACUUUUUGGCAUUGUUUCAUUGUUUAAAAAAUUAAAGAAUAAAAAAAUAUGGUGUGGAUUGUGAUGGCUAUAAGGGGAGAAGAGGAGGCCAUAAUUAAACUCUUUACAGUCAGACGUAGUAAGUGUAUAGCUAGUGGCACUCUGCUCUUUUUAAUGUGUACUUUUAGUCAAAGUAGUUAAUUCUCAUUUCUGUUUAUUUCCAGGAUACAGCCAACAAUAGCUGAAAACAGUGGAAAGCUGGUAGACGUCUUUUCUGUAAAUAAAGCACUAUUUGUGAGUUACUUUUAUGUCAAUCACAUAAAGGUAAGCACAUUACAUGGUCUUUAAAGUCCAUAUUUUAAUUUGAAAAUUCCUAAAUUUAGCCCUAAAAUUUCCUUAAAAUUGUACCAAAUUCCUAAUUUUAGCCCUAUUUUUUUGUACAAAUUGCCCUAAAAUUAGCCCUAAUUUUUUGUCAGGGUAUGCUAGACAGCCUGUUGUGAGGCCAAUAUUUAUCGAUUCAUCAUCAUGACUUUUAACACAAUAGGCAAGAAAAAUGACACUGUUUAUCCAACUUUUGGGACGGCAUAGAUGAGAAAUCAGGCUAAUGCCCGGCUUCACAUUCCCCAUUGUCCCUUCAGAUAUUGAAAACACUGUCUCGCAUAGGAAGACAAGUAAGAUAAUUAAAAUAUCAGCUUUCAUGACUUAAAUAUUUUAUGAACAUUGUAGCAUGUUUCAAGUUAUGAAAUAGUCUGUAUCAUUCUGGACUCUGGAGGUAUAUUCCUUUAAAUAUAUAUUGUGAUAUUUUUGAAUUAUCAACACAGUUUUUCUUUUUUGUAUUUGUUUAUAUGACCCAUGACAUGACAGUUCGUAUAUAAUAAAUAAAAGUUCCUUGACACAUAUACUUAAUAAUUUUUGAAGACUUUAUGGCCAGGAGGUUCAAUUUUUUUCAUUGCAUUCUGUUUUAUACUAUGAAGUUUUUCCUCAUGAAAUUGUGAUUUUAACCAUUUUAGGACUUAAAUAAGACUUGAUAUGCAUUUAUGUAUAGAAGUAUGUUAUUGAUAAUAAGCCAAUUGAUUACAGGUGCCAUUAAAUCUGUAUACAGUAUGUUUAUUUACUAAUAAGAGAUCUCAUUAGACAGAUAUAUUUCCAUGAUGGAGAAUUUUUUUUGUUAUUGAUAUUGCUGUUAUGUUUUGUGAAAUCCUCAUAAUAAAGUAUGUACAAUUAUGUUUGUGUCAGUUUUUUCUCUGCAUUAAAGACAAUGAAAGA